AUGCGGCUGUCCAGUUUCUGGAGCGUGUUGGCACUGACCUGGGCUUGGCCUGCCAGAAAGUGGAGGUAUGCCAGGGCCACGUGGUGCUGAUCCUGACCUGGCAGGGUACCAACCCUCGCCUGCGCUCCAUCCUUCUCAACUCCCACACCGACGUUGUGCCUGUCUUCGAGGAGCACUGGACCUACCCACCCUUUGAGGCUGUUAAGGACUCACAAGGCAACAUCUAUGCCCGGGGUGCCCAGGACAUGAAGUGUGUCUCCAUCCAGUACCUCGAGGCUGUCCGGAGGCUGAAGGCCGAGGGAAAGUGUUUUGCCCGCACCAUCCACCUCACCUUUGUGCCUGAUGAGGAGGUGGGCGGACACAAGGGCAUGGAGAUGUUCGUGCAGCGCCCCGAGUUCCGAGCGCUCAAUGUGGGCUUCGCCCUGGAUGAGGGCCUGGCCAGCCCGUCUGAUACCUUCAGCGUCUUCUAUGGCGAGAAGAGCCCAUGGUGGAUAAAGGUGAAGUGCGCGGGUAGCCCCGGGCACGGGUCCCGCUUCAUCAGCAACACAGCGGCCGAGAAGAUGCACAAAGUCAUCAACUCCUUCCUGGCCUUCAGGGAGAGCGAGAAGCAGAGGCUGAAGUCCGACUCGAGCCUGACCCUGGGGGACGUCACCUCGCUCAACAUGACCAUGCUGGAGGGGGGCGUCUCCUUCAACGUGGUGCCCUCCGAGAUGGCAGCCGGCUUCGAUGUCCGCAUCCCACCCACUGUGGACCUGAAGGCCUUUGAGGAGCAAGUGGCUGCGUGGUGCCAGGGUGCCGGGGACGGCGUCACCUAUGAGUUUCACCAGAAAUGCAUGGACCAACACAUCACCUCCACCGAAGAGUCGGACCCGUGGUGGAAAGCCUUCAGCGGAGUCUGCAGGGACAUGGGACUGCAGCUCAAGCUCGAGAUCUUCUCUGCUGCCACUGACAGUCGCUACAUCCGAGCGGCAGGACACCCCGCUAUCGGCUUCUCACCCAUGAACCGCACCCCAGUGCUGCUCCACGACCACAACGAGUUCCUCAACGAGCAAGUCUUCCUGCAGGGCAUCGACAUCUAUGCCCGCCUCCUGCCCGCCCUAGCAUCGGUGCCACCACUGCCCGCUGAGGGCUGA